AAUUAAUUGACAGGUGACUGCUUCACCGCAACAUUCAGGACCUAUUUUUGACAUUAUAACAGAUUAUUUACCUUUGUUUUUGCGAUUUUCAUUCUAUAUUUUACUUAAAUUUCCCAAUAAAAGCAGCGUGAGACAACAUUUUCCACAGAUCGCAAUCGAAUAAUUGUUCACAGAUCUAGAUAUGGGUCGCAUAUUUCUGGAGCAUAUGGGCGGAAACCGACUGUUUUCUUGCGCCCAUUGCGGUACGAAUUUAACGAAUCGAUCGGAAUUGAUCAGCACCAGAUUCACGGGGGCCACAGGCAGGGCCUUCUUGUUCAACAAAGUAGUCAAUCUGACCUACAGCGAGGUGCAAGACAGGGUCAUGUUAACUGGACGUCAUAUGGUGAGGGAUGUAUCUUGUAAAGCCUGUGAUACAAAAUUAGGUUGGAUGUACGAAUUCGCUACGGAAGAUAAUCAGAAAUACAAAGAAGGCAGGGUGAUUUUGGAGCGCGCGCUGGUCACAGAAAGCGAUGGAAUGGAAGAUAGGCUGUACAACGAGAGAAGGAGAGCUCGCGAUAUCCGCAAUUAGUUGUAAGUUGCACUCCUAGCGCUAGUAAGGAAUUAAAUUAGGAGUUUUUUCGAAGUUCGAUGGUUUUUGCAUCGGAGCGUAUAGUGGCAAGAGUAAGUUGUGUUUGAUUUUUACUUUUUAAUAAUAAAUAUUUGUAUCGAA